AUGCGUCUGUCAACCCUUUCCGCCACUGUCCUUCUGGCAGGCUCUGCUGCCGCAGCUGGCAUGCAGAAGCGAGCACCUCUCAUUACGAGAGACGAAACUGGCAUCGACGGAAAGUACAUUGUCAUGAUGAAGCCAGCAUCCAGUGCCAAAACUACUGCUCGUGUCAAAUCGGCAGCCAAGUCCGUUGCUGUGGAGCCUGACAUGGUCUUUGACAAGCUUGGCGGUUUCUCCGCUACUUUAUCUGAUAAGGAGGUGGAUAACUUGCGCAACGACCCCAACGUUGCGUACAUUGAGCAAGACUCGACAGCCAAAAUCCUUGCUACCCAGAAGCAGGCCCCGUGGGGUCUGGCUCGGUUAUCGAGCAAGACAACCGGAGCAACAAGAUAUUCUUACGACUCCACGGCUGGUGAAGGCACCUGCGCUUAUGUUCUUGACACUGGCAUUGAUACAGCACACCCUGAUUUCGAGGGCCGUGCUGAGUUCAUUGCUACAUACGUUGACGAUAUCUGGUUCGACGAUCAUGGCCACGGCACUCACUGCGCUGGUACCAUUGGGUCCAAGACGUAUGGUGUUGCCAAGAAGACUAAGUUGUAUGGCAUCAAGCUUUUCAACUCGACUGGCGACGGCAUUGCAUCUUCCAUUAUUGCCGGUAUGGAUAGAGUGCUCCAUGAUGCGCCCAACAGAGACUGCCCCAACGGUGUCGUUGUCAGCAUGUCGUUCGGCGAGACUCCAUCACAAGGUAUCAACGACGCGGCCAAGGCUCUAGUCGACGCCGGCUUCUUCGCCGCUGCCGCAGCUGGUAACGGUGACGAUAAGGGCAGGCCUAUCGAUGCCUCUCUCCACUCGCCUGCUUCCGAGCCUAGCAUUUGCACUAUUGGCGCAACCACCAAGGAUGACACUGUUGCUUCCUUCUCCAACUUCGGCAGUGUCGUUGAUCUUUACGCUCCAGGUGUGGCAGUUCUGAGCACCUGGCCUGGAAACAUCACAAGGUCCAUUUCGGGUACCUCCAUGGCCACGCCGCACGUCGCUGGACUUGCAGCAUACUUCCUUGGCCGUGGAAAGCCUGCAGCUGGUCUCUGUGAGUACCUCCAGAGUAUCGCUCUGAAGAAUGUUAUCAAGGGGGUUCCUGAGGGCACAAAGAACCUUUUGGUUCAAAAUGGACGGGCCAAAUAG